UAAUUUGAUUUGACAGUGUGUCAUGGCCUCCGGAUGGUCCGUAAGAAUCAAAGUGGAAAAUCGCCAAAAAAAUCACGAAAAAGUGACCCUGAUGCGUCCCACAGUAAUGUGAUGUUUACUUCUUACUCAACAACAUCUGUUCAUAAACGAAAUUUGUGUAUAGUUUCUUUUCCCAUAAUAUUUUUAUUUAACGUCUUACGUUCUCUUCUUUAUCAAAUUUUUGUUAUCUUACGUUUUGUUUACUGCAGUUCUUCAACUUAUUUUGUUCGUCAUCAGAUAGCUGAUUGUGAGAAUGGUGAAAGGAAUAAUUGUGUAGUUAUCGAAGAAGUUUCUGAAAUGGCACAAGCAAAAAGUACAGGUCCGGGUCCAGGUGAUCCUUUGUUAGCUAAACAAAAACACCAUCACAGAAGAGCCUUUGAAUAUAUUUCUAGAGCCUUGAAAAUCGACGAGGAAAACGAAGGUCAGAAAGAGCUUGCUAUUGAUUUGUACCGUAAGGGAAUCACAGAAUUAGAGCUGGGUAUUGCAGUACAAUGUUGGGGUGGUCGGGGAGAAGUUUGGGAGAGAGCUCAAAGAUUGCAUGAAAAAAUGAAGACAAACCUAGCCAUGGCCAAGGACAGAUUACAGUUUUUAGAAAGCAUGGAUAGGUUACAUAAUUUGGAAGUAAAUCAACCCCAGGACACCCCUAAAUACUCAUACAGUAGCAAUAUCCCUGCACCCAAAACUAAUGUCUCUAAACCAGGUACAAAUCCUACACAAUUUAGCAAGCUUUUUGGCUCUCUAACUGCUUUGCUGGAUAACACAACUUCAGGAAAAAAACUAACAGUAGCUAGCAAACGUCCCGCAAAUUCUCCAUUAUCCAAAAGUUUAACAUUGCCGCGAUCGAUGGGUUCUCGUAACACUCCAGUUCAACCAGUACGUCCAUUCAACAAAAUAUCAUCAACUCCACCUGCCGUCAAGAAACAGUUGUCUGUUCCAGGAAAUGCUGGAUCUCCGGCGAGAAAAGUCAACAGUGGAAACAACAUCAAUGCAGCUGCCGGUACAAGUAAGCAAGGGCAAAGAGUAAGAUCACCAUCGCUUCGUGGAGUGGAUCCGAAGUUAGCUCAUGCCAUUCUGGAUGAAAUAGUGGAAGGAGGACCGGCAAUCCAGUGGGAAGACAUUGUUGGUCAAGAUACUGCCAAACAGGCCCUUCAAGAAAUGGUAAUCUUGCCUUCUUUACGACCCGAAUUAUUUACAGGACUGAGAACACCCGCGAGAGGUUUGUUACUGUUUGGACCUCCAGGCAAUGGAAAAACGUUGCUCGCUAGAGCGGUAGCUACUGAAUGUCAGGCCACAUUUUUCUCAAUUAGUGCAGCGAGUUUGACAUCAAAGUACGUCGGAGAUGGAGAAAAAAUGGUGCGGGCGUUAUUUGCGAUAGCUAGAGAACUCCAGCCUUCCAUUAUUUUUAUAGAUGAAGUAGAUUCUUUGUUAUCGGAAAGAUCAAAUAAUGAACAUGAAGCUAGUAGGAGAUUGAAAACGGAAUUUCUGGUGGAGUUUGAUGGGCUACCUAGUAAUCCAGAAAGUGAAAAGGUGCUCGUGAUGGCAGCAACAAACAGACCGCAAGAAUUAGACGAAGCCGCCCUUCGACGCUUUCCGAAGAGGGUUUAUGUGAGCUUACCCAAUUUAGAAACAAGAGCUAAGCUGCUCAAGAAAUUAUUGGCAAAACAGGGUUGUACGUUAACGCAACAAGAAUUAAAGAGGUUGGCGACAUUGACUGAAGGUUACUCCGGUAGUGAUCUGACUGCUCUUGCCAAAGAUGCUGCCCUCGGUCCCAUUAGAGAAUUACAGCCGGAACAAGUUAAACAACUGGAUCCAAACGCUGUCAGAAGCAUAACGAUAAAUGACUUUUUGGAUUCGCUAAAACGUAUUAGACGUAGCGUGUCACCGCAAAGCCUUGUAGCUUACGAGAAGUGGUCGUUACAAUAUGGCGAUGUUUCCAUAUAAAGAAGUCACAUUCCUAUUAUAUAUAUUCACAAACAAAAGACAGUUAUUUUAAAAGAUUUAACGCUACAUAUUUGGGAGUUUUUAACGGAAAAUUAUAAUUAACAUUAUUUCGUGUUGCAUCAGAAUAUUAGUUCAGUUCGAAUGCUAAAUUGCAACCCGUAUCAUGACUAAUUCACCUAGUGUGUGAACCUGUAAGGUAAAUAUUGUUUUGGUUUUUGUUAGAAGUGGAAACAGCUUUUAUUAUAAAAACUUACUAAUGAAACAACAAACUUCUAGUGUAAAUUGUAUGUUGAAAUUUUAAAAAAAAUUAUCCAAUAGGCCGUAUCGGCCUGUCAUCGCUCGUGGGGGCAUACACUUGUAAUAUAUUUAAUUUGACGGGGCUAUUAUUCAGUUGGAUUAUUAUUAAUCUUUCAGAAAUAGGUAUAACAUUUGUAACAUAUUAACGUAAUUGGGGAGACACGAUUAUUCUAACCGCAUAUAUAAGUUGACCAUCGUCAUUUCCUGAGUGGUACACCAUAAUAUAGCCUUCACAAAGGGUAACUGCUUUGGCUCUCUUUCCUGGCAACCAGUUUUGGUAACGGCUUUUGGGUUUCGUGGAGCCAUUUUUGUUGAAUCGUCAAUGAGGUGUUCUUUUCCGACAAUUAAAAAAAUAACAACUACCUGAAGUCGUACGUAAUUGUACUAAACGCUUUCAAUUGGACGACUAAAUCACGCCACCUGUCCUUGCCUGACUAACGAAAUGGACCGUGAUAGUGUGACGUCAAAACAUCAAAAAGAUUUCCAAACAAAGCAAACGUUUGACGUCUGUCAAUUGAUUAUACACGUUGUUUGUGUAAUCAUUUUUAAUUUUAUUUUGUUUUAAAAAUCAUCUGCACAUUUUUUUAAAGACACAAUUCUUGUUAGUCAUAUCAAUCAUAUUGCUUUUAAUUUUAUAAAUGUCCCUACACAAAAUCAAGGAUUUACACACUACAAUAGUACUCACUGCGUUUCUUCAGGAUCUUAACCAAUCCUAUUUGGAAAUAUGGUGGGAAAUAUACUAUGAGUAUUGAUUACAAUCGGGUACCCAACACAUUAUCAUUUUGUAAAAAUUAAAUAAGUAUUCUACAAGCAAUAUAUUCCAAUUAUAAAAACGAAAAUACACCACGUGUGAAUUUUUGACAGAUUUUUGUUUUGUUUGGAAACCUUUCCAGAGUAGCCAACAUUGAUUUGACGUCAGACUAUCACGGUCCAUUCUAACGCGAUACAGUGUUGCCAUUCACAAAGUUCGAAUUUUCGAAGUUUCACUAGAAUCCGUUUCCAUUAAGAAAUUAUGUAAUGCAAUAAAAUACAAAUGGAACUGUAUCGAUAAACUGAAUAAAUCACGAUCUUAAACGAGUGUUACUGGAAAAACAAUUUUUGUAAAGUUUCCAGAAUUUUGGCCACCAAUCCGACAAUGAUAAUGAUACUGGCUGGAUUAAAAUUGUAUAAGAUACUUCCUUUUUCACAGCAACAUAUUAACCCUUAGAGCACCAAGUGGGGUCCCAAAGAGACCACAGCAAGUUUUCUAAAUAACUUUUUACCACAAUUUUUUUUAAGAUGUCUUUUGUAAUAUGUCAUUUUAACCUUUUUAAAUAUUAAUUUUAUAACACUUUUCAAAAAUAUUUGUUUUUGAAGUUAUACUUCUUUAGGCGCGAUUGAAAGUAAAAUUUCAUAAUACUGCGCGCAUGCGCACACAGACAGUAUGGCGUUUAGUUCUUUCAAGUUAGGUAUAAAUAUAUCAGUGCAAGAAAAUAUGUGAAAAGAAUAUAUUAGUGUUUUUAGUAAAUAUAUUUAUUAUAAUUUUUGUGUCUUUGGAUUUGUCUUCCUCAGGAGUAAGAUGAGUAUUAUUAAAACAUUUUAUUGUAUAUUUAUUAUACUUCAACCUUGACUGUUUGUUACCGUGAAUUGUCAUUAGGUACGUCCGAACCGAUACAGACACAGUCCUCGUAGCGUCUUUGGUAUAGCAUUCGGCCAGAGAUCGAGAGGUCUUGAGUUCGAAUCCGGAGCAAUCCUAUACCUUUUUUUAUUUUUUGAAAGCGGUAAGCACAAAAUUAGUUUGAUGUUUAAAAAAAAAUUAAAACAAACUGUUUAAAGUAUAUUUAUUUUUAAGAAAUCAUAUAAUAGAAGUAUAACUUCUUACGUGCGUACAAAGUACACACACAUUCUUUUUUUAUUCAAUAAAAUAUGCGCUGGGGUCUCUUUGGGACCCGCUUGGCGUUUAACGUUAGACAUAAAUUUAGUGUUCUAUCGACUUCAAAUCUUUUGUCUUUGCUUUUUUCAACUUCCACUUUAGAAUUUGCAGUAAAUAUUUAAUUGAUAUUAUGUGCUCUUGCUCGGUUUUGAAUUUUAGUUGUGAGAGUAAGAAAUAAUUGACGGUAUGGCAGCACACAUAUGAAAUAAAGUUUGGGACUCUAUGAAUUGAUAAAACCCAAUAUGCAAAAUCGAUUAUCUAGUAGUAAUGGGCUUCACAAAUAUGUCAAAAAUGCUACAGAAGCUUGUGGAGUGACCUUAAAAGACAAUUUCACCCAAGUAGUACCAGAAAAUCUAGACAAUGUAAAAUAUCCAGAUGCUAUUUUUGCCCAAGAAAUGUCGAUAGAAAGGGCAACUCCCGUUGCGACGAUUGCAAGAAGUUUGUUUGUAAUUAACACAAAGAGAAGGAAACAGUUGUAAAACGUAUGAUCCAUAAAUAAAAUAAAUAAUAAUAAAACUUUAAAACACACAUGUUUAUUUUUAGUGAAAUCUUCAGUUCUUCAUCAAAACUAUUUUGUUUAAGAAAAUAAAAACUUUUAAUCAACUAUUUUAAAUGGGAAAGAAGCCACAAUUAUACUAAAAAAUGAUUUUAUUAACGUUUCGACGUCCAAAUCGGAUGCCGUUGUCAAAAUACAAAAUACAGUAAUAAAUUAAACAAAAAAUAUUAAUAUUUUGUAUUUUGACAACGGCAUCCGAUUUGGACGUCGAAACGUUAAUAACAUAAUUUUUUAGUACAAUCGUGGCUUAUUUCCCAUUUAAAAUAGUUGAUUACAAAAAUGCCACAAGGAAAUAGCUUCAGAACAACAUAAAAACUUUUAAUAUUGAAUUUUGCACGUGUAUUUAGGGCCUAAAGUAACAAAAAAUAUAUUAGGACAAAAAAGUCAAUAAACAAACGGGUCCUUUUGGGUCCCCGCUUGGUAAACAACGUCGCAAAAAAACUUGAUGCUCUGACGGUUAAAAAGACAAUUGCUUUAAAAACACCCCGUACUUGUUAGUAGCGUAAGAUCUUUAAGAAUACUCACGUUUAGGUUGAUUGCAUUUUUUAUUUAUCUGUGAUAAGUAUUACGUAUUAUUCUUUAAUGUUAUUUAAUAUUUGUUUAUAUUUCACGUAUAUAGGAUAGGAGUUUUAAGCUAGAAUUUUGUUAUGUUUGAAUUUUAGUUAUCAAAUGUAGAUUAGCUUACAAGUCGUAUAUAUUAGCUAGUUGGUGUAGCUUAAUACACAUUGUUUUUAGACCAAAUUUUGGUUUAAAUUCUUAGUUGGGAUGUCUUUGGAUCAAACAGCAAAUUUAACUUAUAUCCAAAUUUGGAAAAACGCUUUUUUGAAGAAUGUUUGUAUUUUCAUUGUAUAAUAAAUCUUUUUCAAUCAAA